AUGAGACCACCCGAAGCUGCGCUUAUCCGCGCACGAGCCAAGGCACCUCUACCAGAUCUUCUGGUACUUCACCUCUCCAACUCGGAUAUCGAGUGUAUCAAGCAUCUCGAGCUGUGUGAAAAGCUCCAGUCACUAUAUGCGGACUGCAACCACAUUAAAGACCUCGAAGGGAUUAUCGAGCUGAAAAAACUGUGGCGAAUCGACCUCAAUGGAAAUCUACUUAAGAAUAUCCACGCGUUGACUUCUUUUCGGGCGUUGGGUUUCUUAUAUCUCGAGCGAAAUCGCAUCUGUUUCAAGGAUUUAGUUUGCCUACGAGAGCAGCAUUUACUGGAGUUGCGAUUAGCUGGGAAUGAUGGUCUGCUCAAAGGCAACACAAUUGAGGAAUAUCGGAAAAAGGUAGUGGCAUUACUACCAAAUGUGUGGAUCCUCGAUACCCAUUUCGUUUCUACACAUGAAAGACAACGAUCGAUCGAAGAAUUUGAUGACUUCGUAUUAAACCUUUUCGACCUACCCCAUAGAUCUUCAUCCUUAGUGGACCUUAAAUUUGGCUCUGCGACUGACGUAUGGGUUGCGAAGGAAGACACUGCCGAGUUGACACCAAGCGCAAGGCUCAUUGAUAUCGCCCAUAGACGUGCAAACUCGACCGAGUUGCUGGACUUGAGAAGAUUAAACGCUAUCGUUUCGUUUCACAAUGCUGAAUGCGCGCUGCACAAUUCGCAUUGCCAUUUCUCACCCUCCAAGCACGCGCCAAAUUCGCGAUGGAUGCCUAAGAUAUGGCUGGACGAGGUGCUGGCACUUUCACGUCGUACACGGAUUGAAGUCAUCGCCCUAUUAGCUGCUUUUAUUCAAUUUCGUUUCCCGAAGAUACUCCUAUCCGAAGCCUUGGCAAUUAAACACCUCGAUAGUCCCCAGUUUUCAUCCGAAGCUAUCCGAGAUAUUAUCAAUCUCCCUCCAUACGCGCUGGUGGCACUGAUCGCUAUCGCUCGACAAAAUCCUGACUUUAAGGACGAGAGUGAACUCCUCAGAGCUAUCCCACCGCUUUUUGCGACCCUCCUUCCCUCUGUAAACCCGACAAGUGACUUUGACCCACAAGCAACGACGAUACGGUGGAAAGGGAAGCGGGAGGCUAUUUUCCGUGAUCUCGUACCUUUGAUCCGAGCAGCUGAGGCUGCGUCAACAACUAGACGGAAGCCGAAGCCUGGAGACUGGAUCGAACUUAACUCGAAACAGUUCGUGAAGAUCCAGUUCUCGUCUGUGGAUGGACUAUUGGUCGUAGGUGUAUUGCCCACAAACACGUCUCGUUCGAUUACGCUCGCUAUGGAGCAAUUAUCCCGAGUCUCCAGCAUUGUAUGGCGCUGA